AUGAGUUUAUUAAGACGAUUCAGGGCUACUGAUUUGUUUGAAUUCAACAACAUUAAUCUUGAUCCCUUGACCGAGACAUACAACAUUUCAUUCUAUCUCCAAUACCUCGCUCGCUGGCCUGAUUUGUUCAGUGUGCAAGUCUCUCCUCACAACAGAUUGAUGGGUUAUGUGAUGGGAAAGACCGAAGGCACAGGUAAAAACUGGCAUGGCCACGUUACAGCCAUCACAGUGGCACCCGAAUACCGUAGAUUAGGCCUUGCAGAUGGCAUGAUGAACCUGUUGGAGGAAGUGUCAGAGAAAGCAUACAACGGGUGGUUUGUGGAUCUCUAUGUCAGAAUGUCAAAUUCAGUUGCCAUAGACAUGUACCGUAAAUUUGGAUAUUCAGUGUAUCGAAGAGUACGAAACUAUUAUGCGGGACAUACGAAUGAAGAUGCUUAUGAUAUGCGAAAGGCUCUACCAAGAGACACAAACAAGGAGACGAUUCGAGAAAACGGUGAAAAGGUCUUUAUUAAUCCAGAGGAUUUAGAUUCAUGGCGUUAA